GGGGGCGGGGCCAGGACGGUUCCGCGCUCGGCCGCAGGGUGGCGCUGUUCGCCCGCUGUGUGCUGUCACAGUCGCCGCCGCCGCCGCCGGUCGCGCUCUUCCCACUGCUGCUUCCAUUGGAGCCACUGGAGACAAAUUGGCGCCAUUUUGAAGCUCGGGGAAGGCGACACGGUGCGGGGAACACGGACAGCGGAAAGGACGGAGAGGAGUCGGCUGGGGAGACUCGGACCCAGUACUGGCGGCUGUAGGCGAGUGGAGUGAUAGGAACACGCUGCCACCAUGGCUCAUGCAAAGUCGAAAGUCAAUGAUGGGAAAAUCACAUAUCCACCGGGAGUCAAAGAAAUCUCUGACAAAAUUUCUAAAGAGGAAAUGGUCAGACGGCUAAAGAUGGUUGUAAAAACCUUCAUGGAUAUGGACCAAGACUCUGAAGAAGAAAAGGAGCACUAUUUAAACCUCGCUCUCCAUCUAGCAUCUGACUUUUUUUUAAAGCACCCAGAUAAGGAUGUCCGAUUGCUUGUAGCUUGUUGCCUCGCAGAUAUUUUUAGGAUUUAUGCCCCCGAAGCUCCAUAUACGUCUCCAGAUAAACUGAAGGAUAUAUUCAUGUUCAUAACACGACAGCUGAAGGGGCUUGAAGAUACAAAGAGCCCUCAGUUUAAUAGAUACUUCUAUUUACUAGAGAAUAUUGCCUGGGUAAAAUCUUACAAUAUAUGUUUUGAGCUGGAGGACAGCAAUGAAAUAUUUACACAACUCUAUCGGACACUAUUUUCAGUCAUCAAUAAUGGCCAUAAUCAGAAAGUACAUAUGCAUAUGGUGGAUUUAAUGAGCUCAAUCAUAUGUGAAGGAGAUACAGUUUCCCAGGAAUUGCUGGAUACUGUCCUGGUUAAUCUCGUUCCAGCACACAAGAAUUUAAACAAACAGGCUUAUGACUUGGCUAAAGCUCUGCUGAAGAGAACUGCUCAAGCUAUAGAACCAUACAUUACAAAUUUCUUCAACCAGGUUCUCAUGCUUGGCAAAACCUCCAUUAGUGACUUGUCUGAACACGUGUUCGAUCUGAUCCUGGAGUUAUAUAAUAUUGAUGGCCACUUGCUCCUCUCUGUCUUACCUCAGCUGGAGUUCAAGCUCAAGAGUAAUGACAACGAGGAACGACUGCAGGUGGUAAAACUUCUCGCAAAAAUGUUUGGAGCAAAGGAUUCGGAGCUCGCUACUCAAAACAAGCCCCUUUGGCAGUGCUACUUGGGGAGAUUUAAUGACAUACAUGUACCUAUUCGCUUGGAAUGUGUGAAGUUUGCAAGCCACUGCUUAAUGAAUCAUCCUGAUUUGGCAAAAGACCUAACAGAAUAUCUUAAAGUGAGAUCCCAUGACCCUGAAGAAGCCAUUAGACAUGAUGUGAUUGUGUCUAUAGUAACGGCAGCUAAGAAAGACCUUCUGCUGGUCAAUGACGCCCUUCUUAAUUUUGUUCGUGAAAGAACUCUGGACAAGCGGUGGAGAGUCAGAAAAGAAGCCAUGAUGGGUCUGGCUCAGAUCUAUAAGAAGUAUGCCUUGCAGGCGGAAGCUGGAAAAGAGUCUGCCAAACAGAUUUCCUGGAUAAAAGAUAAGCUGCUGCAUAUAUAUUACCAGAACAGUAUUGAUGAUCGGUUGCUGGUAGAACGGAUCUUUGCGCAGUACAUGGUUCCUCACAACUUAGCAACUACAGAAAGAAUGAAGUGUUUGUAUUAUCUGUAUGCAACGUUGGACCAAAAUGCUGUGAAAGCAUUGAAUGAAAUGUGGAAAUGUCAGAACAUGCUCAGGCAUCAUGUAAAGGAUUUGUUGGACUUGAUCAAACAGCCAAAAUCAGAAUCUGGGAGUAAAGCAAUAUUUUCAAAAGUGAUGGUUAUUACACGAAACUUGCCAGAUCCUGGCAAAGGUCAAGACUUUUUGAAGAAAUUUACACAAGUUUUAGAAGAAGAUGAGAAAAUAAGAGGCCAGCUGGAGAAGCUUGUAAGCUCAACCUGUUCAUGCAAGCAAGCGGAAGUGUGCGUGCGUGAUAUUACAAAGAAAUUGGGCAAUCCGAAGCAGCCAACAAACCCUUUCCUUGAGAUGAUGAAAUUUCUGCUUGAGCGAAUAGCACCUGUGCACAUAGACACAGAGUCCAUAAGUUCCCUAAUUAAGUUGGUGAACAAAUCAAUAGAUGGCACAGCAGAUGAUGAAGAUGAAGGUGUACCCACAGAUCAAGCUAUCCGAGCAGGUCUUGAAUUGCUCAAGGUGCUGUCUUUCACACAUCCCAUCUCAUUUCACUCAGCUGAAACCUUCGAAUCACUCUUGGCGUGUCUAAAGAUGGAUGAUGAAAAAGUGGCUGAGGCUGCUCUGCAAAUUUUCAAAAAUACUGGAAAUAGAAUUGAAGAUGAUUUUCCACACAUUAGAUCAGCCUUGCUUCCAGUUCUACAGCAGAAGGCUAAAAAAGGUCCCCUCCGUCAAGCAAAGUAUGCUAUCCACUGUAUACACGCAAUAUUUUCUAGCAAAGAGACACAAUUUGCCCAAAUAUUUGAGCCGUUACACAAAAGUCUGGAUCCCAGCAACCCGGAGCAGCUCAUUGUAUCCCUCGUCUCCAUUGGGCACAUAGCACAGCUGGCGCCUGAUCAAUUUUCCUCCCCUUUAAAGUCAAUGGUGGCAACUUUUGUGGUGAAGGAUUUGUUAAUGACUGACAGAUGUCCUGGCAGAAAGACCACUAAACUCUGGGUACCUGAUGAUGAAGUUUCACAAGAAACAUUGGUUAAGAUUCAAGCUAUAAAGAUGAUGGUGCGAUGGCUACUAGGUAUGAAGAAUAACCAUAGUAAAUCUGGAACCUCCACAUUACGGCUUUUAACAGCGAUAUUACAUGCUGAUGGAGAUUUAACGGAGCAUGGAAAGCUGAGUAAACCUGACAUGUCCCGGCUUCGGCUAGCUGCUGGCGCUGCAAUUGUGAAGUUGGCUCAGGAGCCAUGUUACCAUGAAAUCAUUACCUUAGAACAGUACCAGCUAUGUGCAUUAGUAGUCAACGAUGAGUGUUACCAGGUCAGACAGUUGUUUGCGCAAAAACUACACAAAGGUCUUGCUCGAUUACGGCUUCCGCUGGAGUACAUGGCUAUCUGUGCCCUUUGUGCAAAAGACCCCGUGAAGGAGAGGAGGGCACAUGCCAGGCAGUGUCUGGUGAAAAAUAUCAAUGUUAGAAGAGAGUAUCUGAAGCAACAUGCUGCAGUAAGUGAAAAGCUGCUCUCUCUCCUACCAGAGUAUGUUGUUCCAUACACCAUUCAUCUGCUCGCACAUGAUCCAGACUAUGUGAAGAUCCAAGACAUAGAACAGCUGAAGGAUAUAAAAGAGUGUCUGUGGUUUAUCCUGGAGAUUUUAAUGUCGAAGAAUGAAAAUAACAGCCACGCGUUUAUCAGAAAAAUGGUGGAAAACAUUAAGCAGACAAAAGAUGCUCAAGCGCCGGAUGACCCCAAAAUGAAUGAGAAAUUGUACACUGUUUGCGAUGUGGCAAUGAAUAUAAUUAUUUCAAAGAGUACAACCUAUAGUUUAGAGUCUCCAAAAGAUCCAGUAUUACCAGCACGUUACUUCACACAGCCAGACAAGAAUUUUAGCAACGUCAAAAAUUAUCUUCCUGCUGACAUGAAAUCUUUUUUCACUCCUGGAAAGCCUAAAUCUACAAAUGUUCUUGGAGCAGUGAACAAGCCGCUGUCUACAGCAGGGAAACAGAUGCAGUCAAAAUCAUCCAGAAUGGAGACGGCCAGCAACGCCAGUAGCGGGUCUAACCCAAGCUCUCCAGGAAGGAUUAAGGGAAGAAUUGACAGCACUGAACUAGAUCAUAGUGAAAAUGAGGACUAUUCUAUGAUGUCGUCUCCGCUGUCUGGGAAGAAGGGGGAUAAAAGAGAUGACUCAGACAUAGAGAAGCCAAGAGGACGUAAAAAACAGUCUCUCCUAGACCAAGACGAUUCUUUGAACAUAGAUGAAUUAUCCAGAUCUGCUCCAGAACCAAAACCCAGCAGUGGACUGCGUGGCAGAAAGCGACCUGCUGUUGCUUCAGAGUCAGAUGAGCAGCCAUGGCCAGAGAAGAGGUUAAAGGAAGACUUGCUUGAGUUUGAGGAUGAACAAAAUAGUCCUCCCAAAAAAGCCAGACGAGGGAGACCACCCAAGGCAGCCAAGGUGGUGGCUGCAGUGGCAAAAGAAGAGCCAGCAGCAAAGACACCUAGGAGGGGCAGAAAAAAGGCGGCCGCAGUAGAAAUUCCCCAAGACGAAGAAGUGGAGUCACUUGACAUUAAUGAGGAACAAGAUUCUGAAAACGUUGAACAAAAAAGGAGAGGCAGGGGCUCAAGGACCCCCAGAAAGACUACACCAAAGUUUGACCAGUCGGAAUCCGCUUUGGAGUCUCCUCCAGUUGCACCACAGAAAAGGAGAGGAAGGCCUCCCAAAACACCCCAAGUACAGGAAAAGAAAAGUAAUGUAGGGCGGCCAAGAAAGGCAGUCAGUAAAGAACCGGACUCAGACGAGGAGAUGGAGAACAGCCUGGCUCUUAGUGAUGUCUCCAGAGAAGAAGAGGAAGAAAUUGCUCCUUUACCUGCACGGCGCUGGUCUGCAAACAAACGAUGAGAAAUCAUUCGGCGAUUACCUGACGUGAGGAGGAAUACAUGAAAUGUCUCUUUUACAGCAGCCUAGGACUGAGGCUGUGCAGAAACUGGGACAUGCACGGACAACAAGAAUAGACUCAUACCCCUGCAACUGCAGCCACAAUUGUUUAUCAUUAGCUGUGGGUAGUUGUGUGGUUUGUAAUGUGCGCUGGACACGUAGACCUGAAAAAUGUAAAUACCUUUUUUUUCUGUUUGUUUUUUAUUUUAUUUUAAAUGCAUCAUACAGUGCUUGUAUAGCUUUUAUUUUGCAACUUUAAACUGACAUUAAGCAGAUAGCCAUCAGAUUUUCCAAUAUGACAGAUGAAAAUGAAGCAAUAUUUGCCAUUGUGUGUGCUGUAAUCUCCUUGACAUUUUACUGUGAAAAAGAAAAAUUUUAAAAACUGUCAUAAAUGGUCUUUACACUUUCAAUAAUGUAAUGUUUUUGUAGCCAUUAGAGCACAUUUUGGUCUUCGUGGUGCUCUCCUUACUUUUUUUAUUUUAUUUUUGCGUGUUGUGUUUUGUUUUUUAUUUAAUUUUUUGCCCCUGAGUAUCCGUUGUCCAGCAGGAUAGAAGUGUGGCCCUCUGGGAAUGCUGUCAUUUUUAACCUCUGUUGUUGCCAGACCCGGGUGGCUGUCGUGUGGCAUUGCAAAAUUGUAAGAAAGAUGAUUUAAAACGUUUUAUAAAGUGUUUGCGCUAUGAAAAUAAUGAAUUAAAGACGCUGCCUAUCUUCUCUUCUCUAGUUUCAAGUAAUUCACUUCAUCAAUACAUUUCUAAAGGGUUUUGUUUCGUCCCCCUCUCCCACAUUGCGUUUAGAGAUUUGUCCCGACUGUAGUAAGUGCGCAUGAAUUUGGCUGCACAUUUGAUCAAUUAAAGAAAGUGUUAAGGAUGUGAAAAUAUUUUAUAUAAAGAUAUUAAAUGUAUGGUGUUACGGCAAUAUAAAUGAAGCUAUAAAGAUGCAAUGUAGUCGAAUUUUUGUGCAAGAAUAACAGGCUUUAGCCUUUUUAUUGUUUUUUUCUUUUAGCGCUUGCAUGUGUAUGAUGGGGUUGGGGAUCUGAUGUACGUUUUAUAAAUAAUUGCUACUACAAAGCUGCCUCUCAUCUUUAACUGUGCCAACUGGGAAACCCACAGUAUGAAUUGUAAAGCCUUGUUGCUUGGCAUAACACAAGUCCCAUUUCAGGAAACUUAAGAAUCUUGUGAGUGUAAUGUAAUGUUUUUCUAUUUCAUUUACCCUGUUAACCAAUUACCAGUAUUGGACUAUAAUCCCAGCCUAUAUAUCAUGGACAUCUUAACAGCACUGUACAUCUUGAAAUUCAUCUGGUUAACUUCAAGGUUUUGUUCCCUUUAAGGAGAUGUUGCAUUACACAGUAGAACUGUAACUGCAAAUGUUGAACAACGUUGUAUUUUACUUCUAGGUAUCCAUUGUGUUUAUAUAUUGUGUAUAAUUCAACAUUUUUUUAAUGAAAUGGCUGUAUAAUA